CGGGGGUGUCUGGAUCUGGCGAGUGUUUUCGUGUUUUAUCCUUUGAUUUCCUCACCUGCUUGCCUCACAGCAUUUUAAAUUAUGGCGUCAACGAGCGAUGUGGUCAAGCUGGAGGAGUUUCCUUUGGAGUACGACGAGUCGGGAGCAGCUCAAGCAGCGUCGACCGUUCCCGCGUAUCAUCAAGACCUCGAGUAUGAUUACAGUAUGUCAUCAGAUAUCCUUCAAGAACCCAUGGCAAUCCUCGAACAGGAAGAGCAGCAAAGACAGCUUCGUGGAACAGGGUCGAGGUCGUCCCAGCUCAGAGAUUAUCCGGUCCCGAUAAGACUCGUCAAAAGGAAAGAAGCCAGGAGGUACUUCAAGAAACGGUGGACGAUACAGUUCAAGUGGCUGCGUUACGACGAUGACAAACAAGUUAUGUACUGUGAGUAUUGCCGGCGGGCAGGGGCUGCCAAGGCGGGAAAGACCGGCUUCAUACAAGGGAUUUCACGCUUCAAGAAAGAGGCUGUUGUGUCGCAUGAUAACAGCAAGAAGCACAAUUACUGUGGACGGCUACUCAUGAAUGCUUGCCUGGACACACCCCCACCUGUGGCUGAUAAACGCGUUGAGUAUCAACCAGAACAUCAUCAGCUUCAAGAAGCUCCCACAAACCAAACAUCAGGAAGUAAUGUUGCUACUUUUAUGCCGCCUAAUGUAUGCUUAGCACACUAUGCUCCACCAAUUGAUUUACGACGUGCAUUGUCUACCAAUACCUUGCCUUCUAUGAGUGUUACAAGCAUUGCAUCCCUUCCUGUGAAAACCUUGGCGGAGGAGCUGAUUACCUUCAUCAAUAGAGCGCCGUCGCCAUUUCACGUUGUUGAUGAGACUCGUAAGAGACUUCUUGACGCUGGUUUCAGUGAACUGAAGGAGAAAGAGCCAUGGAAUGUCAAACCACUACAAAAGUGUUUUGUGACACGGAAUCAGUCAACAAUCAUCGCCUUUGCUGUUGGUGGCAAAUUUAAGCCUGGUAAUGGCUUCAGCAUGAUAGGUGCACAUACUGACAGUCCAUGCCUACGAGUCAAACCGAGCUCCAAGAAGGGAAAGUGUGGUUACCUAAAUGUGGGCGUGGAAUGCUAUGGAGGAGGCCUCUGGAACACAUGGUUUGAUCGGGAUUUGACAGUGGCUGGUCGCAUAGUGGUUCAGGAUGAGUCCAGUGUAAACCAUCGUCUUGUCUUCAUCCGGAGACCAAUCUUAAGAGUGCCAAAUCUCUGUAUCCAUCUCAAUCGAUCUGCGAAUGAAAGCUUUGGACCCAACAAAGAAACUGAAAUAGUUCCGGUUUUGGCAACUUCCAUCCAGCAACAGAUAGAGGCACCAAUAACCGAAGAAGGAGAUUGUGAGGCCACUGCUAAGCAUCAUCCUAUUCUAAUCAACUUACUGUGUCAAGAGCUUGACAUUCAACCAGCCCAGAUACUGGACUUUGAGCUUUGCUUAGCAGAUACCCAGCCAGCUACGAUUGGAGGUGCCCUGAAUGAGUUUAUCUUUGCCCCUCGAUUGGACAAUCAACUGAACUGUUUUACAUCUCUCAAGGGCUUGAUUGGUUCCUGUGAGUCUGAGGAGGGCCUAGAGAAUGAUCCCAACAUCCGGAUGAUGUUGCUUUAUGACCACGAGGAGGUGGGAUCGUCAAGUGCUCAUGGAGCCAACUCUUCAUUGACUGAAUGGAUCAUGAGGAGACUCUCUGCUGGUGGAAGUCAAACAGCCUUUGAAGAAUCAAUCCCUAAAUCCUUCAUGAUUAGCGCUGACCAGGCACAUGCUGUCCAUCCUAACUACUCAGAAAAACAUGAGGAGAACCACAAGGUUGCUUUGCAUAAGGGACCGGUGAUAAAGUACAACAGUAACCAACGCUACGCCACAAAUUCCAUAACUGCUUCUAUUGUCAAGCUCAUAGCCAAGGAAGUCAGCGUGAAUUUACAGGACGUGGUGGUGAGAAACGACAGUGCCUGCGGGUCCACCAUCGGCCCGAUGCUGUCAGCUAAGUUGGGAUUGAGGACUUUGGACAUUGGCUCUCCCCAGCUCAGUAUGCAUUCCAUCAGGGAGAUGUCCUGUACCUCUGGGGUCAAGCAGAGCUGUCUACUCUACCAGGGAUUCUAUGAGAAUUUCCCAGCUGUAGAUGCCAUUGUGACUGUAGACUAGGAAUUCACGCAAGUCAUGAGCCACAAAAGAUUAUGCAACGUGAUCAACACUUCUUAAAACUGCUUAGCAUCAAAUGUUUCUAAGCACAAAAUGACGAUGAACAACUAUCAUGUUAUUGUACAUUGUUUUACAUCAGUUCCCUGGGUGUUUUUUGCUUAUCCAAUAACUUUAAGCAGUAUUAUCUCAUGGGUAGCUCAGAGAACUUAGUCUUGGCCCAAAAGUCAUACAUUUAUAUAUGUACUCUUAAAAAGCUAAUCUUAGGUUGAUUUCAAGUAUCAGAUGAUUAGAAUUGGGAAUUGGUCGUCAAUUAACUAUG